CUGCCUUCGGGGGGUAAAAAACGAAACAAGUCCGCAAUGGCAAUUAGUAACACCCGCGUCCAUCGUCCUGUCGACAAGUGUUGCCUAGCGAGUACCGGGCGGGUGGCAAGUGCGUUGUCGUCGUCGUCAUUUCGCCCCGAAAGAUUAAUGAGUACUUAACAACUUUUCAUCGACGACGACGCAGAUAGGGGACAUACACAUGGGGGAACCCUUGUCAUCGCUGCGGAUGGAAUUGUGCUGUAGUGUUUCUAGAGUGAGAUUGUGGAGUGGGGGAUAUAAACUACAGUGCACUGCCUUUAAACCCUCCGAGCUGCAGCACCGCCACUGCGCUCGUCUUAAUGUGAUUAGUGAGGAAAACCACCCAUCGGAGCGUAAACGAAAACUACUAGAAUAAGACGUCGGAAAUUAAUACGGCUACGACCUUGGGGAAUUGUGGUCGACAAUGCGGAUGUGGGGCCCAGGAGUGUAAAGAGUUAGUUACUUAAGUGAAAAAUUGUUCCCCGGAAGUGGAUUAAUUAGCGGCAUCCGUGGAAACCGGUGACAGCUGGUAAAAGUGCGAAUUUGCAACAAGGAGCUUCGGUGGUGCAACUGAACUUGUGCGGAGUGAGCAUGAUGCAGUGGAAAGUGAAGUGAGCGGAACGCUAUGGAUUUCAUAAAAAGUCUCCUUCCGCCGUUGAGGAUCCCCAAGCUCAAGAAGCUCAAACAAUGGAACGGUGGCUCGAUUCUGAACUUGAGUCAGCUGACGCGACUGCCGUCGCGUACCCGGAACGUCGGAACGGUUCCAUCGGUGGCCACUCCGACGGCGUCCUUUUCGCGAUCCGGGACGAACUCGGCCGUGGCGUCGAUAUCCAACGGUACCAAAGGGCACGCCAGGAAGCGUUCGGACAUUUCGACCAUUUCAGCGGCGGUGCCGAGUGCCGCCGGAGUAGGACACGGGAGUUUGGGGCUGUACGCGCUGAAGUGCGACCGGAAUGCGGCGAAGCGUGGAAUAUUGCUGAACCUGCCGAGGAAGAUGGUGGCGGCAGUGGGGGGUGACGGAGGGAGUGGCAGCAGCUGUUAUCAGUCUGGGGAAAUGGUUCAUGAGAAGUUUUCGCCGUGCAAGAGAGCGGUGGAGCCACCGCCGAGGAGGAAGAGGAUGAGAAAGAGACAGGAGCAGGGAAAGCAGGGGAAUCCAAUGCGAGCGAGAGAUGAGGAGAUGUAUUUAGGGGAUCAGAUGCUGGAGAGGAAUCGCAGCGAAUUGUUCAGGAUUGCUGAACGAGGUUCGAAUGGGCAUGAGGGAAAGAAGGUGCCUUCAACGAGAAUGUUGAGUAAGGGCAGGAAGACUCGAUCGGUGGACAAUAUACUGACGUUGAAGAAGCUACAUCAGGAGGAAGGGGUAGAGAGUGAUAGUGAUGUGGAUCAGAUGCGUUCGUUGAAGGUGGUGAAGAUGCAGGAGUGGAAGGAGUCCAAAGGGUUGAAGUACAGUGAGAGUAUGGAGAGUGACUCUGAGGAGGUGGAGGAGAAGAAAAAGAAUGUGCGUGGCCGAUUGAAGCAAGCUAGUGACUUCUCAAUAGAGAACAAUUCUGAUAAGAUUGAAGUCAGAUUCAGGAAAAAUGAAAGUACAGAAAGCGAGGGGGUGACGAAACCAGUAGAACUUCCACUGCCAAACAGGGUUGUACUUUUGCGGCAAGAAGGAGCUAAGUCAGAGGCGAAGGUUAAGCCAAAGCUACCAGAUAACCCUCCACCGAAGAAAGUAGAGAAGUUUGUGAGUUCCGUGGACUUUGCCGAUAACUUCAAACCGUUGGCCUCAGUUCUACAGGAAUCCAUUAAGAGCGGUGAGCUGAAACGCAAAUGGAUCAACGAUUUUCUCUCGGAAAGCGACGAAGAGUCUGGUAAGCCGAAACAAUCCGUAGUGGGUUUGAACAGUCAGCAAUCGACCGAGUCUCUUUCCAAGAAGUUUGCACUGGUUAGCAAGUUCGACAAGCAGCUAGAAGCUCUAGAAACAGGAAAGAAACUGGUGUCCAACGAAUCCAACGAUAGUGUCAACAUUUUCCAAAAGACCAACGCAGAUUUUGAAGAGUUUGACAAACUGUUCAAAGACGGCCAUCCGGAAGCGCAGCUGCAGUCGCUCGACAGCUUCAAGAAAAGCGUUACCGUCAGCGAUCACAUAACCUACAUCAAGCAACUCAAGGCCAACCAACUACGCUUCUCAUCGUCCUCCAUGGACUCGGACGCCAAGAUAGUACCGAUUCCACCACCUCUUCCUCCGCCAGUGGCCCCGAAACCUCCAGCGAACGGAGCCCUUCCGAAGAGUACGGUGAACAUCCAGGACUACUACGACAAGAACCUCCAACGCGUCCGGUACGUCUCGUCGCCAUCGCCGUCGCGAUGCUUCGACGAAGAUUCGUCCACCGAGCAGACCGAAGCGGUCAACAAUAAUAUAGUGCUUCCUUUAAGUAUAAUCAACCGUACUAUUGUAGAUAACAACCGUAUUACUACUGAGCAAGUGCCAACGAGCGCAGCAGAAUACGAACUGAACCCUAGCGUUAACGAACCGAAUCAAAACAUCUACCCAGAUACCUAUAACCAACCAGCUAGUAACGAUCAUAUCUCGUGUAAUCUCCACAAUAUCGACAACCCUAGCUAUGUCGUAGACCAUAAUCAUGCAACUACCAGAGAUGCUACCAACCAUAGUCAUAAUGUUUUUAUCGUGGGUGAAACCUUCAAGCGAAGUCAGCAACCGCCGGUGGUCAAGCGGUACGUCAACUACAAGUUCGACGACUCUUGUAAAAUCGAGCGAGAGGCAACGAAGGCGAAGGAUCGCCCAGCAGUCGCCAGGGUUCCGACAAGAAUCUUCAACCUCAACGACUUCCACGAUAAUUGCUACAACGAGGAAGGCGUUGUCAUCAUCUGAGUGGGAACGCUGGGGAUCCCAGAACUCUUCAAAUGUUAUAGGCAGGUUCCAGCGACUGAUGUAUGACCAAUUGUAGUUGUUAACAGGUUGCUGUAAUCAAAUAAGCAUGGAACGAAUUGUUUGUAUACAUAGGUAACACUGGUGUAACAUAGACGAGCUACCGAGUUUUAAUAAAUAUAUAACUUAUUGAAGCAAAUCGGUUGGGGCGCCA